UUGCUUAGGUGACAUCAACUCAAAACUUAUCAAAUAUAGCCGAAUGCCGAAGGAGUCCGUGGUAUGUCGAUGUUCAAGUUGUGGUCCAUUAGGUAGGAAACGUCAAAUUUAUACAUGGAAUAGACACAAAGAGAAAGAUAAGGAUCAUCAUGCAACAUACCCUAACGAAUACACCAAGGAGUCUAUUGAUAGAAAUGAGCAUAUUGUACUAUACGGAGCGUCUGAUCCAGUAAAGGAAAAUAAGAGCACUGAAAGGACACCCACACUACAAGCUAAACUCCUACCACCUCCAAAGCUAGUAAAAAAUGUAGUAGGAAAUGUAAAACAUCACCAUGUCUCUAAAUUACGACCGCGGGUGGCAACUACACGAGCAGAGACACCACCAGAGGAGCAGCCAAUUAAAGCAUCACUUAGGGGUCUAUACGAAGUACUUUUACCAUUACACGUUGAUUAUUCACCCGAUGUCUCGAGUGAACGCGGUUAUCCUAUCAAUUUAAGACAACACGAGAGAGAAAUCGCAAAUGAAAUUUUACGACGACAUGGAAUCCAAGACUUUGAAGUCUUAUCUCAGUGGCCCCGAUGGGGCAUUAUUUCGUACUUACAAUAUGGGAAUCUCAAAACAACAAUAUCAUCACUAGCUGACGGAAGCCCAACACGUUUCAUACAAUUUGAAAAUCUCAAUGAUAAUAGGAAAAUGGGUUAUGCCGAAGUCAUGUGGUUUUCAGAGUUUCGUUAUGACGAUGGUAUAGUGAGAAAAUCACCGACGAGUACUGAUACACGUGACCUCAUUACUUGUUAUUGUCGACUAUACAAUGCUUUGGAAUUAUUCCAAGGUUUUGUCAAGAUCGCGCGGUCGGAUGCUUUUGUAUCGUUUCCAGUCAACUGGAUGUCACAUCCCAUCGAUCUCAUCCCAGUUAGAGACCAUUGUGGAAACAUUGCUACGAAUCAUUUUUGGGUUAAUCGUCAAGGUGUUUAAAAUGGUCUAUCAGAUGGCGCUUCGUAUCUCCUCCACUCACCUUCAGUUUGGUCGUUGUGUUAUAUUUAUUCUUAUUUACUAUCAACUCAAGGAAAUUUGCA